CUGUAUAUAACUGUCACCCCAACGAGUUUUGUUGUUUCGAAACUUUGAAGUUCCUCGUGUGACAACAGUUACUGAACGUUUAUUCGCUCAGAGUUAGAGCUCCUGACAUUUGAACACCGCUGGGUUUAAUUUUACUCCACUUUCAAUUCAAAGCAUCCUCAAUCUUUUUUUCCCUAGAAAUCAGACGCAUUGCUAUCAGAAAGGCUAACAAUAGAGUGAAACCAUGGCAGGAUUAAUCAAGUGCCAAGAAUAUGAUUGGAAGGAUUCAAAUUUAGCUCUGUUUGGUUCAGAUUUGGAAAGACAAAUUAAAAAGGCGUCAGCUCAAAGUGAAACAGCCUGGAAGACAGCCGGACAGGAAGUUGGUCUUGAGAUCUGGAGAAUUGUGAACUUCAAAGUGACGCCAUGGCCGAAAGAAGAUUAUGGGAAGUUUUAUGACGGUGAUUCAUAUAUUGUUCUAAAUACUUAUAAAGAAAGUGGAAAAGAACAGUUUCUUUAUGAUGUCCACUUCUGGAUUGGAAAAUAUAGCACUCAAGAUGAAUAUGGAACUGCUGCUUAUAAAACUGUUGAACUGGACACUUAUUUGGAUGAUGUUCCCAUUCAACAUCGCGAGGUUCAAGGCUUUGAGUCGAAUCUAUUCAAAUCUUAUUUCAAAACAAUUGAAUUGUUAAAAGGUGGCGCUACAAGUGGGUUUAAGAAUGUAAAGCCAGCAGAAUACAGACCUCGACUUUUACAUUUCCAUGGUGAAAGAAAGAAUAUAUUUGUCAAAGAGGUUGCUCGUAAUGUAAAUGUCUUGGAUAACUCAGACGUGUACAUCCUUGAUCUUGGCUUGAAGCUUUUACAGUGGAAUGGCUCUGGCAGCAAUAAAGAUGAAAGAUUUAAAGCUCAGAGUUACAUGCAAAGCAUUGUCCAAGAUCGGGGAGGCAAACCAAAAGCAAAGGUUCUGGAUGAAGGAUCUGAUAGAGAGUUCACUCAGUAUCUCACUGAACAAAAUGAGGAUGAAGUUAUUUUCUAUUGUAACAACAAGACAAGAGAGUUAUUCAGAUUGUCAGAUGCGUUAGGAAAGCUCACAUUUUCACUUGAAAAAUCUGGCAAGAUCAACAAAUCUGACUUUGAUAGCAAGGAUGUAUUUGUUUUUGACAUAAAGACAGAAUUGUUUGUAUGGAUUGGAAAAGAAACCAGUCCUGCUGAAAAGAAAAAUGCAUUAGCAUAUGCACAUUCAUAUCUACAAAAGACAGAUCAUCCUUUGGUUCCAGUUUCUUGUAUAAGGGAAGGAAGAACAGUUGAAUCUUUUGAAACAGCUCUUGCAGCUUAAUAUAAAAAAAAAUCUGUAUUGUCAAAUAAAUUACAAUGAUCAUUCCAAUAUAACAAGAUAUGAAUACAAACAGAAAUGUUAAUCUUUUCUAUGGGGAAAUAAAUUUUAAAUAAAAAUUUAUUUUGAUAUGCAAAGCAGCAACUAAAAACUCAUUUGUUGUUUUUUUCUUUUUUCACAUUAAAGACUUAUUUCAAGUAGGUACAUUGAAUGUAAAAAACACAAAUCCAUCAACAAACAUAUAAAUAUAUAUCAUUGUAAUAACACAGAGAUAACUGGGUAUUCAUGUGUGUAUUUCUUAAAUAAUACUAAAUUGGUGGCUUAUUAUUUUAAUCAAUAAGUAAUUACAUUUUGUUGUAGGCCUACUUUAUUAAUUAGUUGAACUACUUGUCUUUUGGGAAAUACGAGUGCAAAGAUUUAUUAAGAAUGCUGCUGAAUAGGAGGCAGUAAUUAAGUACCCCUUUUGAACCUUGGGAUCUAUAGGGUAGAUAUGUUUCUGUGGCCCAGGGUUUAUGAGGAUGUUUUGUGGCCAAAACAAUGACCAACCGCCUUUACUUUUCCCAACUAAUGUCAGGUAACCAAUAGAGCUGGGUGAACUCAGGCUCCCAAAGAUUAACCCAGGACUUGGGUUGGAAGCACUUUGCCACUCAGCCACUACACCUCCAAGAUGGGCUGGCAAUGAAAACAUAUACACUCCAUUUCUUGUGACUUGAAGCACAGCAUUUACACAUCUUGUUGCUUUUUCGUAAUAAUUAAAGACCCAGUAGUAGGCAACUAAACAUAAUAAAUAAUAGUAAAAACCUAGAAAUAAUUUUGUACCAGUAUCUUUUUAUAAUUAGGAAUACUUUUUUUAUUUUUUUUUAUUUUGUUAAAUUUUUUAAAUACAAACUUUGUGAAAGGUACACUUUUUACCUUUAUUUCUUUGUAUAGUUAUAGUAUAUGGUAACAGUUGUCUGUAAUUAAUAUGGCAACUGGUAUCUUGGGGAAAAAAUUGUCAAAGAUGAAUUCAGAGAGUGCAAUUGAGUAGACAGUGGUGUAAAGUAGGAAACAGUGAUAGCAUUUUUUUUAGCUUCUAACAGCUUACAGUUUAUUUUUUGUAAUAUUAAAAUUUAAAGUUUUGUUUUGCUGUGAAAUCAUGUUAUUAAAAAUAUUUAUGUAAAUAAAUAUAAAUUUACAUCAAUAUCAA